ACCGCUAUAAUAUAGUCCUUCUUUAUCGAAUUUUUUUUCUAUGAAUCUUUUGUUCCCUCGUAUUUCGUAGUGAAAAGAACUUUCUAACUGCGAACACAUAUUUGAUGCACUAUUUUUUUGCAGAAAAUGUUGAAUGUUGAAGAAAAAUUGAGCACUAACUUUUUCUUUUUCUUUAAUCAUACAUUUAUAACUUCUUGGAGUUGCAACUUCAGCUUAUGUGUAUUCUAUGUUUAACAUGAAUACUUUAUAGACAUAUGACGAGUGCGCAAGAAGAAAUAUCAUACAUAUCUAGUUGCAAACAUUUUCAGAAUAUAGUAUUCAGUGGUCUAUGCAUGGAUACUUUAGCGUGAAAUAUUUCUAACGGUAUCAUGCAGAAAUAAGUAAGACUGAAUAACAGAACGUAUAAUUUUUUAAAUCGAAUCAGUCGUUUCAUUUAAAAUGAUGUCUAAUAGAAGUAUUAAUCGCCUAAUAGUAAUUGGCCUAAGAUUAACUGGAAUUUGGCCAGAUUCAUCUUACGAAAUUGUUAUCCGAUGCAUUUGGAUUGUUAUUAUGAUGUUUGGACAAAUACUUCAAUAUCGAUAUAUAAUAAAACAAAUUAGUUGUGGUGGAAAGUUGACAAAUGUAGUAGAUGGCUUGAGCACUGCUUUACCUUAUAGUUUAUUGUUUUUUAAAUUAAUUAGCUUUUGGAUAAACCGUAGAUUAUUUAAAAACAUGUUAAUGGAAAUGUCUCAAGAUUGGAUUAAUUUUUCUAAAUUCAACAUUGAUGCCAUGAUAAACAAAACUAAACUUGCAUACCAUUAUUCAAAGUUAAUUAUGAGCGUAUAUGCUAUUGCCGUUUUCACAUAUGCCGGCGUGUUUUUAGAAAUUAGUCGUCAGAAUCAAGAUGAUGAAUUUAAUAUAACAUCUCGACAAUUAUUGAUAAAAAUGGACCUCCCAUUUGCAUAUUAUGAAAGUCCAUUAUAUGAAUAUGUAUUUGUUUUACAAUUUUUUCAAUUAUUAAGUAACGCAUCUGCUAUUGCCAUGUUUGAUGCUUUGAUAAUUACAUUGAUAUUUCAUGUUGGUGGACAAAUAGAAAUGUUACACGAAGCUCUGGAAAAUAUUUCUGUCAAAAAUCAUAAAUCUUUGCGAAAUGUUGUAAAACCUUUAAUUGAUCUACAUUAUCAAAUUAUUCUUGGUUCAGAAAAUAUCGAAAAUUUAUUCUCAUAUAUUGCGUUGAUGCAAUUAUUAUGUAAUACACUCAUCAUAUGUUGUAUAGGAUUCUUAAUAAUAGUUGCGCUUAAUUUACAUAUGAAUAUAAAAGAACUUAUAAAUAUUUUAUUGUUUUAUAUUGCUAUUACAUUGGAAGCAUUUGUUUUUUCCUAUGCUGGGGAAUAUCUUAAUAAUAAAAGUUUGUCAAUUAGCACUUCAGCUUACGGUUCCUCUUGGUACUUGUUAGAUCCUAGAGAUAGACGUGUUAUGAUACUUCUUAUGAUAAGAUCACAAAGACAAUUAACAAUUACCGCUGGAAAAUUUAUGGAUUUAUCUAUGGAAACCUUUGCAAAAGUUAUAAGAACUUCUGCAUCAUAUGUAUCGAUAUUGUAUGCAAUGUACUGAUUAAAAGGAACCCUAUCACAAAGAAUAAAAUGAGUAUAUAUAUAUAUAUACAAAAUAUAUGCAUAUAACAAUACAAGAAUAUAUAUGAGAAUACAUAUAUUAAUAAUAUAAAUGGGAACUAGAAUGUACACAUUUAAAGACGUAUUAUUUAAAUGCACAUUAUAUUAUG